GGACAAAGGCGCGGCCGCCCGGCGCCCCGAGCAGCCCGAGCCGGGGCGCACAGCCGGGGCGCAGCCCGCGCCCCCCGCCGCGACUGACAUGAUGUUUCCACAAAGCAGGCAUUCGGGCUCGUCGCACCUACCCCAGCAACUGAAAUUCACCACCUCCGACUCCUGCGACCGCAUCAAAGAUGAAUUUCAACUGCUGCAGGCCCAGUAUCACAGCCUGAAGCUCGAAUGCGACAAGCUGGCCAGCGAGAAGUCGGAGAUGCAGCGUCACUAUGUAAUGUACUAUGAGAUGUCCUACGGCCUAAACAUCGAGAUGCACAAGCAGGCUGAAAUCGUCAAGAGGCUGAAUGGGAUUUGUGCCCAGGUCCUGCCCUACCUCUCCCAAGAGCACCAGCAACAGGUCUUGGGAGCCAUCGAGAGGGCUAAGCAGGUCACCGCUCCUGAGCUGAACUCCAUCAUCCGACAGCAGCUCCAAGCCCACCAGUUGUCCCAGCUUCAGGCUCUGGCCCUGCCACUGACCCCACUGCCCGUGGGGCUGCAGCCCCCUUCGCUGCCGGCGGUCAGUGCGGGCACCGGCCUCCUCUCGCUGUCGGCGCUGGGCUCCCAGGCCCACCUCUCCAAGGAAGACAAGAACAGCCACGACGGUGAUGCCCACCAGGAGGAUGACGGCGAGAAGUCGGAUUAGCAGGCGGCCGGGACGGGAGGGUGGGGGAACAGAGGGGAGACAGAGGCACGGAGAGAAAGGAAUGUUGAACGCAAGACAGUGUAGCUCGGGACGGCUAAACUCCAGUAGUAUUUAUGGUAGCCGCCUGUGGGGUCCUGCACCUGCUUGUGUGCCACCCCCUAGCUUUGCUCCAAACCCAUCCAGUCCCAGCCUCCCUCCCUCCUCCCCCCCCCUGCAGCCUGAAUAGGUGAAUACCUGCUCAUCCCACAGAGGAGGCAAGCUGAGGCCUGGAGGGGCAAAUGGGAGACCAGGUCAGAUGGGAGCAAAACCUCAAGAAAUCCAACACCCCUGGCACUUUCCCAUUUCGCACACGUGUAACUGACAGUCUGCUCGCUGGGCCCUUCGGGGCACACACCACAGCCUCCCACCCUGGCACUGCAUGCAAACACGAUGCUAGCCGUCCUUUCCCACCCCGGGUACCCUGCCUCUCCCUGCUGGGACCCACCCCCCACCCCCCGCUCACCUCCUCUGCUAGUCCCUGACACCCCCGUGCCCACCUGGUCCUCCCCCCCUCGCCCAUGAAAGAGGAGGCAAAGGGAAGCUAGGUUAGCUGGAACAAACAGGGAAGGGGGGCGGGUGACCCAGGCUUUCCUUUCUCCCCUUCCCAAAUAAAGAUGAGGGUACUAAAGUUGUCUUGGUUUUUCUUUUUUCUUUUUUUCCAGUAUACUAGCUUGUCUUUUAAGAAAGGGGAUAUUAAAGACAAAAAAUGUUUGGAAAAAAAGCAACACCCACACCUGUGUCUGUAUAUAGUCAGCUUUUGUGUGUUCAGUCGUUUGGUCUCUACGGAGAGAAGUGGAAAAUGCUGUAUCGAGGGUGGGCUUAGCUGUGCCUUUCAAAUAAAGAUGUGAGAAGGUUG